GCAUUGAGCUCACCUGCAGUUACAGAUCCAAGUAAGAAACCUGCUACUGCCUGACCAAGUGUAGCUGUGUCUGCUGGCAGACAGGGCCCUCGAAAACCAGCUUUCGGAUCCAUCUUUUCUCCAAGGCGUUCCAAAACGAACAGGAGGAAUAGAAGGCAAACAAGAGAAGAUCUGCUUCGAAGAAAGAAGAUGGACAACAUGUCGCCCAGGCUGAGAGCCUUCCUCUCUGAACCCAUUGGGGAAAAGGAUGUGGCCUGGGUGGAUGGCAUCAGCCGUGAACUUGCCAUCAAUUUGGUCACCAAAGGUUUCAACAAGGCCUAUGUCCUGUUGGGACAGUUUCUUCUGAUGCACAAGAAUGAAGCAGAGUUCCAGAAGUGGAUCAUCUGCUGCUGUGGAGCCACGGAGUGUGAGGCCCGCCAGAGCUCCACCUGCCUGAAGGAGUGGUGCUCCUGUUUCCUGUAGAUACCCCUGGCCUGGCGGCUCUACCUCAGAUAAAGGCUUCCCACGCUACCCACACCCAACCUCC